AUGGCGUUGAAGUGGCUACUUGCUCUCGUGCUGCUGGCUGAGGCGACGGUACUCGAAAACCGUGGAGUUCCUAAUCAGCCAAAAGACGUCAAGACGAUUAAAUCUCCAAAUGGAGCGACGAUUCGAUACAAAGAGCCUGAGAUUUGCGAAACGACUCCUGGAGUGAAAUCAUACAGUGGCUACAUCGACAUUGGCGAGACUAUCCACAUUUUCUUCUGGUUCUUCGAGUCUCGACGCGAUCCAGCCAAUGAUCCGGUCACGCUCUGGCAGAACGGUGGGCCUGGAUCAGAUUCUUUAAUCGGUCUCUUCGAGGAGGUCGGUCCGUGCUAUGUAUCUAAUGAGACGUUGAAAACGCAUGUCCGUGAAUAUUCUUGGUCCAACACGAGCAAUCUUUUGUUCCUCUCGCAGCCCGUCGGUGCUGGUUUCUCCUACAGCACCAAGGUAGAAGGCUACUUGGAUGAUUACGAUUUGAUUCGACCUCAGGAGAUUGCGAACCGUACGACUGGGAAGGGACGCUUUAGAAAUUCCGUUUACACAGGCAAUGACACGUCCACACUGGCGGCAAAUACCGCUUGGGAAGUCUUGCAAGCACUGUAUGGUGCGCUACCUUCGUUGACGAACGACAAAGUCAAAUCCACAGACUUCAUCUUCUGGGCUGAAUCAUACGGAGGACAUCUGGGGCCCGCAUUCGCGAGUAAAUUCUACGAAGAAAACCAGAAAAUCGAGGAGCAGAAAUUGACUGGGCGCAAGCUCAAUUUCAAAGUCUUCGGCAUCGUCAACGGUUGGAUCGAUAUGGCAAUUCAAGCCAAGCACGUGUUUGAGUUCACACAGAACAACCCUUACGGUGCGAAGCUCCUGAAUGACACAAUCUACAACCACGGAAAAUUCAACAUGUACCGUGAAGGUGGCUGCCAGGACAACCUCAAAUAUUGUCAAGUGUAUGCUGACUAUGCCGAUGACUCUUGGAAACGCUACCAAUGUGCCGCCGCACAAUUCAUAUGCCGAAACGAUGUCGAGGGGCUUUACUACUCCUUCGGCGAAGAUAGGGGAGUCUAUGAUAUUCGAGUCUGUGGUGGCGAAGGUCUCGAUGUCCCUCCUCACUCCUGGACGCAGCUACUCGGUACCUCUGAUGUUCAAAAUGCUUUGGGCGUGGAUUUGAAUUAUACGAGUAGCGCGAACUACUUCAUCUACAACGCCUUCAGUCUCUCCGGAGACUACGCAAUGAGUUACCUCCCACAAAUCGAAAAAACGCUCUCCUACCCCGACGUCCAAAUCGCACUCGUGUACGGCGACGCAGAUUACAUCUGUGCCUGGCCUGGUGGCGAAGACGUAUCUUUGACCGCGAACUGGACGGGCACAGAAAAGUUCCGAAAAGCCGGCUACGCGAAACUCGUCGUCGAUGGCAAAGAGUAUGGUGAGGUCAGACAGUAUGGUCGGUUCUCUUUCACGAGAGUUUGGGAAAGUGGGCACGAAGUUCCCUGGUUUCAACCUAAAGCUGCGUACGCGAUUUGGAAUCGCACGAAUUAUGGUGUUGAUGUUGCGACGGGCACGAAGGAUACUAAACGCAAUAGCACUUAUUCUUCCGAAGGCCCAGGGAACAGUACGUAUACGAGGACGCUACCGCCGCUGAAUUGUUCUCAAGGUGACGGAAACAGUAAAGCUGGUAAUCCGAGGUAUGCGGGUUUGAGGCAUGGGUUGGGGAUGAUGGACUUUCCGCGAUUUGGAAGGGAAAUGCAUGUGAUAGAGCUGUGAGAAUGUCCGCUGUAUAUAUGAUGAUGAUGACGAAUGAUAAGAGGACCCCACGCC